AUGCUCUCUAUCUCUGCAGACUUUGAGCGUCUGCGACAAUUCUCCACUACACCCUCCAGUUUGCUGGGAAAGGUCCCACCAUCCUGUCGUCCAUUAGUUGAUGUACGUCCAAUCACAGAGUCACUCGACGACCUAAUGGAGGAUGUCCCAAACACCGACGAUGUCCUCGUCAUCACCGAGCAUCGAAACAUCAUCAACAAGACCGCUGUCACUCUCCAGGGAGCCAAGUCAUACUUUGAGGUAUUCACCAAGGUUAAUAUCUCAAACAGCGAGCCUAUCAUCAACAAGAUCAACUAUUAUAUCAAGACAUUGGCUUCAUUGAACAAGGAUCAUGCCGCUUCGCAUGUUAGGAUCAUCAAUGUGUUGCAAAAAUUGGAUGGUGUCCAGCAGGACAAGUACAUCAACCUGACCAACUCGCUAAAGAUGGUUAUCCCAAUCCUCGGCCUCCAGAUCCAAGUGAUUGGAGUGCUCGAGAGAUUGUUGAUCGCCUUUAACAAUAAGGAUAACAUCAUGAUCAAGUCCCUCAUUGUCGAGCUCAUCGCCACACUCAAUGAGUUUAGCAUUGUCAACCCUCCCCUGCUCGUCUGGCCACAGGUUUGCGAGAAGAUCGUUGACAUCCAGGAGCAAAUGAGUCAGGAUGAUGUCACUCUCAACACUGUCAUGUCACUGGUCUUGGCCAUGCUCCAGUUCUCCAUUCACACCAUCGACGUUGUCAAGAAGCACAUGAACCUGUAG